GCACUAACCCAGGCAGGCGGCAGCAGAUCAUUUCUCAUCUGAAAGGCUCUCCUUUACCCGCCACUGCAGACUGCUGCAACACAGACAAAAGCAUCUUGACUUUUAACUUCUUUGGGGAGCAUCGGACAUGGAUACUUUCCAAACAAUCCUGAAAUUCUUAGUGAAGCAGAAAACUGCAAUUGGUUACAGUUUUAUGGCGCUGCUGACCCUGGGAGGUGAGCGCAUAUUUUCUCUUGUUGCUUUCAGAUGUCCCUGCAGUAAUGAAAACUUCAGGUAUGGUUUGGUAUUUCUCUUCGCUCCCGCUUUUGUUUUGCUARUUUUUGGAUAUUUCCUAAAUAGUAAGACAUGGAAACUCUUUACGGGCUGCUGGGUGAAUCCCAGAAAAAUAUUCCCAAAAGACAAUGUUUGCUAUUUCUUUUAUGUCUUUGGACAUAUCACUUUAAAUGCUCUGGUAGCCCCAGUAAUGUGGCUCUCUGUGGCUUUGCUCAACGGGACUUUCUACGAAUGUGCCAUGAGUGGCUUAAAAAAUCCUGCCUACUUACAUGCAGUUUGUCACAACAAAUCUGCUAAGUGCUUUGAAGAGCUCCACAAGGUUUCCUGUGGCAAAAGCACCAUGUCCUUUCCAGAGAGUGAGGAACUCAAACUAACUCUGCAAGCACAGUCUCAGAUUUUAGGCUGGUGUGUGAUAGYUAUCACCGCUUUCCUGUCCCUGCUGACCACGUGCUGUGCCAGCUGCCAGUCGAAAGUCAGCCACCUCCAGCUGAAGUUCUGGAGGACGUACGUCGAGAAAGAGAAGGAGCAACUGGAGCAGAUUUUCCAGCUCUACGCCACCAAGCUGAGUGAGAGAAACCUGCAGAGCUUUUUUGAGAACAGGAAACCCGAAGCUGUUCCCCUGCCAGCUUUUCAGGCAUGGGAAGACGCAUCCCAGCUUUAUUCUUUCAACAGCAGUGAACAACAUUACAGCACAAUUCAUAGACUAGUUGAGCAARGCCAGAAGGAAAUCAGUAAAGAAAGAGAGACAGAGAUGGACUUUGUAGACAGAAGGGAAAUACCAUAGAUCACAUUGUUUUUUAGUCUUUUUUAUAGUGUCUUCCUAAUGUAGUUUAUUUCUGGAUGCUUUAGUCUCCCCGGUUCACAAUGGCCUUUGUUCUUGUUCACUUUCCACUUCAAUUCCAUGACUGCUCCAGAUAGGGGGAAUUAAUUUUUUUCUCCUUAUCAAUGAGAACAGUCUCAGUUCUCAGUGUCAGCAAAAGCUCAUGCUCUGUGAGCACUGUCUCUGGGCCAAGRACAGAUCCAAACAGGAUAGCACUGACAGGAAAAAACAAAAAGACUCAACAAUGACUUCUCAGAAUUGGAUUUAGUAAUUUCCUAUCUAGAAUUUCCUAUAUAGCAUGCCUGUCCUAUACAAAUCAAGAGACUAUCAUARAGUAAUACCAUUUAAAAAUGCAGGUAUAUAGUAAUAAAAGAGAUAGGUGGCUAUUUGACAGUCCAUGGAAUGUAGUGGCUUUGCUUUCAAGUCAUUYGUCAUGGCAUAACAUCUAUUUGAGGUACUGUUGUAACUCAAGGUAAUUGUGUGCUUUCAGUCUCUUCUUGCACCUACAACACCAUGGAUGGUCACAUCCAUCAGUCCUGACAUGUUUAUAUGGGACAUGGGACAGCUACCUCAACUGACAGUGAGGUGUCAUAUAAUUUCUUGCAGUGGUCAAAUCCAAAAGUUUUUUAGGGUAUGAAGAACUCAAGAUUCCAAAAUGGCUUAACAUUCCUGCGUUUUUGUUAAAAAACAAACAAACAAGCAAAAUACCAUAAUUAGAGUAGCUGUUCAUGUGUUAAUGCUGGGUUGCAUUAACAAAACUGUAUCGCUGAUAUUUGGCUUCCACAGACUAGUCUUCUAAUUCACUUCUCCCACUGUAAAUCUGGUAAAAAAGUAUAAAGCUCUCAUUGGUGGAUUUUGGACAUUUGAUACAACCUUGCAAAACUGCAGAAUACUGUUUGUGCUGGGCCUGGAGCCAAUGUAAGAGACAGACUGGAAAGAAACUCCACAUUUUAAGACAACAAAGAAAAUAUUUUGCAGCA